AUGAAGUAUUACUUGCUAGUAUUCUGCAUAGCAACUACAUUAACAUUAUCUACGGCACAAUCCUAUGAAGACAAGAGGUGUAAGUGUAUAUGUCCAAGUAUAUCAUCAGUAACGAAUAAGACAGAAUCUAAGAACCACACAUCUAGGAUUUUAUAUAUUACCAAUGUACCACCAAAUAAAUGCAAUUGUGAUGAAGUUAUACUACCGAGGAUUAGUCAAGACAUUAUAGGAAAAGAACAAGAAUUCUGUCCAAGAUGUGAAUGCAAAUAUGAAAAUAGAAACACCACUAUAAUUAAAGUAGUGGUGAUUAUAGUAAUUUGGGUUAUUUCGAUUUUGGUCAUUUAUAUGGCGUUUUUGAUCAUAUUGGACCCACUGUUAAAUAAGAGGAUUAAAGGAAACUACCAAGAGCAUACAAAUGAAGAAGAUGACGUCUCUGCUGGUCCAAUGUCUCACAACAUGAGCGUACGAGGAAACGUCUUGAACAGGGUUGGACAUCAACAAGACAAAUGGAAGCGACAAGUCAAAGAGCAGAGGAAAAAUAUUUACGACCGGCAUACUAUGUUAAAUUAAGCUUUUUUCUGUAUCUAUUAUAUCAAAAACAUUGCAUUUUUAAACUAAACGGGAAAUAAGGGUGUAACUUAUCAAAUAGUAGAACAAAUGACACAAAGCGAUGCGAAAAAUUAAUUUAAUGGAAACAUUCUGAAAUUACAUUAGUUUAAUGUAAAUAUUCUGUAAACAACUGAAAAUAUCAUAGAGUAAUAAUAUUUCAAAUAUUUGUGUCCUUGUUUGUAUUUUAUACAUGUAUACUACACAGUAUCUCCUGUUUUCGUUAAUUUUCAACAUACAUAUAAAGUUAAGGCGUCAGUUUAAGUAGAAAGGGGUUAUGACUUGAAGAUUGCAGCAAAGAAUAUAGACUUGCAGGCUAUUUAAUGUCGGUAAUGUAGAUUCCAUAUUUUCCUGCAUUUAGCAGUGAGUAGUUUAAAUUUCAUAUGCGGUUAUCAAAAGAAAACCAUUGAAGUUAUUCAUAUCAUCAACUAUUUCACUUUUGCAGAAGUAAUUGUAAGUUUCAAAUAUGGAAUAUAAUUUAAAAAGCAAGCAUUUAAACGUAUUAAGACUGAUAGAAUGCUGAGAAAAAACUGAAAAUUUCAUAUAUAUUGUUAAUCAGUUAAACACAUUCAGAUCUUGUUGUGAGAGUAAACUAUAACUGAAAAUUUCUCUUGAUAAGUCUUUCAACAACGGCAACAAAGCUUUUCCAAAGUUAAAAAUUAAUGGAAUGUUUUUGUAUAUAUCAAAAAAUUGUAAAUAAUAGACUGAAAUUUAUUGAGUCGCUUUAUUCUAAAAUGAUCCGAAUACGUAAUAGUAAGGUAUAAAAAAUUAAAAAGACUAACUCCAAGUUAAAUGAGAAAUGUUAUAUAUAUAGCACUUUAUACAUAUCUCAACGAGUCACCAAGGACCUCCUUUUCUUUGGAAAAACGCUGCUUGUCCAAUAAUUGCUUCCAUAUAGUGAAACGAUGGUAAUUCGAGGGAGCCAGGUGUGUAGAGUAAGGUGGAUGAGUCCCAAUGAUCUAUCCAUACAACUCAAAGACUUAAUCGUUUUUUUUUUCGAUUUGAUUUAACUUUUUUAAUGUUUAUAAUAUAGAACAACUUAUUACAGGUCCUUUGAAUAUUAAAUCAUCUGAAAUAUCUCUUUGAAAACCUACUUUGACAUUAUUACUGAUGCACAAUAUAAACGGCGCCUCAAGAAGAUUGUGAUACAUAUGAUGAUAAGAAAUUUCCCAUGAGUUUGAAAACUUUUUACUGUAGUGGUUUCUUCGUCGCCCUUUACGCACUCGUGUCAUGUCGUUAUAUUUAGCUAAAAGUUGUUAAUCUGAGCGAACCAGGACUGGGAAGGUGGAUUAGACUCAAAGAUCGAUUGAAACGGUACGAAGACUUUUAUUUUUGUCUUCAAUUUUUUAACUUAUUUAGAGUUUACAAUAAAAAUACCUUUCAUGAUUUUCGAUUUAGAAAUUACAACGAUCAAUAAAAUCCCUUUCGGAUUUCAAUCGGUUUCAAGGAUUUUUGUGUGUGAAAGCGUUCAGAAAUUCGAUUCUUACGAUUUCCUUCGUAAUUUUUACCGUAUUUAUAUGAUAUAUGUUCUCUCAAAAAUUACUUUAAUUUAAUGAAAAUAUUGUAGUUCCAAAAAACCAAGUCUGGGAAAUAAGGUGGAUGAGUCACAAUGAGUUAUCGGAAAAUUCGUAUCCCUAUUCAUCUUCUGUCUUU